CACGGAUCUCACUUGAGUUACGACCCAUUAAUGUGAACCUUGAUGAUAAAUUAGUAGGCAUGGAACCCCGACUACAAGACCUUGAGAAGUCUUUAGAUAUCGCGUCAAACAAGGUUCACAUGAUAGGGAUCAAGGGGAUGGGAGGUGCUGGUAAGACUACACUAGCCAGGGCUAUGUUUGAUAGAAUAUCAGUUUACUUUGAAGCUAAAAGCUUUGUUGAGAAUGUCAGGGAAGUUUCAAAAGCAUCGUUGUCCGGUUUGUUGUCAUUGCAAACAAAGAUUCUUUCAGAUUUGCCAAAUGGUCAAGGAAACAACGUAGGUAGUGUCCAUGACGGGAAAAACAUGUUGAAAACAAAGCUGCGUUGUAGAAAGGUUCUAGUGGUUUUAGAUGAUGUGGAUCAUCAAGAGCAGCUUGAGGCGUUAGCUGGUGAUCUUAAUUGGUUCAAGCCUGGAAGUAGAAUUAUCAUAACAACAAGAGACGAGCAAGUGUUGAUAGCACAUAGAGUGGAGCGGAUUCGUGAUGUCAGUCUAUUAUCACAUGAGGAAGCGAUUGGCCUCUUCAGUAGGCAUGCAUUUGGGAAAGAUCUUCCAAUUCAAGAGUAUGAAAAGGAAUCACAACAAGUUGUACAAUAUGCUGCUGGCCUUCCCUUGACAAUCAAAGUUUUGGGUUCAUUUCUGUGUGGUAAAGACAAGCUUGAAUGGGUGGAUGCAUUAGAAAGACUCAAAACAAUACCAUUGAAGGAGACUCUUGAAAAAUUGGAGUUAAGCUAUGCAAGUCUGGAGGAUGAUUAUAAAGAAAUAUUCCUCGAUGUUGCAUGCAUAUUGAAGGGGUGGGUGAAAAACGAAGCAAUAAGCAUGCUUGAAAGUUGUGGAUUUCAGGCUAGAAUUGGUUUAAGAGUUCUUGAGCAGAGAUCUCUA